AAGAUAGCAGCCCAACCCGUCCUUGGCGCUGGCUUGAGAUCAUCACACGACAUAAACACUUCACUUCCCCUUUGUCUGAAGUUUGCAGACAGUCAUCAAGCGAGUUCUGAAUGCAAGUGAGGAACAGCGGUGUCUUUAGAAAUCCCCGAAAUGGCGAAAGCGAACUGUCUCCUCCUCAGAAACCUUUUUAUUUUUUUCAACCUGCUUUUUGCGAUUGCGGGUGUUGUCGUGUUCGUUCUGGCGGUAUUGGUUCACUUCCACUUGAACGCCAACGAGUUUGACAGAGGUAAUGGAGUCAUCGGGCUGUAUAUGGUCGGGUCUGUCACAUUCCUCAUUUCAUUUCUGGGAGCUUACGGUGCUCUUAAAAAUGUGAAAUGGAUGCUGGUUGUGUUCCUUGUUCUGAUGUGUUUGAGCUGCUUUACCCUGUUGCGCUUUGCGAUGCCUCUAGCCAUUCUGCAUCCACAGGUUGGCCUGUUGCAGGAGGAGAUGGAAAACGUUGGGCCUUUGGAUAAAACCUCUGGGGACUUCCAGAGAAUUAUGGGUGAAUUCCAGAGUGAGUUGUUCUGCUGUGGUCUCGUCAAUGGGUACAGGGACUGGAAUAACAAUGUGCCAGAGUCAUGUGACUGCACCACAGAUGAGAUUAUGCAGGACACAUGCUUGCCCCUGCCGGACAAUACCCUUCAGGAGUAUUAUGCUGACAUUCAACUUGAGGUGAGGAGUACCAGGAUGGUGCAUAAGCAGCCCUGUGGUGUGAUAAUUGUGAGCAAAGCCCUUGAUGUGAUUCUUGGAGUGCUCUUUGGAUUUACCACCUUGGCAUUCCUGGGAAUUGUGAUGACCUGCUGCCUGCUAGCUCAGAGGAUCAAGCUAGGAGCUGUGGCCAAGCCGUCCAUGAUUUUCAGCAUAUCAUCCAAGCCACCCAAGUACAGCCAGCUUUUGGAAUACAAAUAGUGCCUGAUGUGGUUUGGAAAAUGCAGAGGAUUUGGGAGGCUAUGCUUUUUUUUUUUAUGCUUUUUUUUUUUUGCUACAACAUUAGUUAUUAGUUCAGCUAUUACCAGAUGGUUGAAGGUCACUUUAAAUGUUGACUGUGUGGCUUAGUCAUAUCUUGUCUAUUUUGCAAACUCUGGCUGGCACAUUAAGUCACAACCAGUAAUUUUCACAAUCUCUUGGAUGGGAAUUUCUAUGAAGUACUGAUUUGUGCGUCUGUAACCACUGGCAAUAUGAUUGGAUAGCUAACUGCUCUGAACAGCUACUCUGUUUUUGAGUGCUUUGUGAAAUGUUUGCAAUACAUUGAAUCCCAAAUGGGUGAAUUUAUUGGUUCUGUCUGGAGAAGAAGUCUAUUUGCACUAUUUGGCAUAUAUCUUGCUUGUGAAAGACUUUUUUUUUCUUUGAUAUGAUCUUUUAAGACACUGAAAUAAAAUGACUUCAACAAAA